AUGGCACCGAAACAUAUGUAUGAUGGAGUACCAUUUGCGAAACUCAAUCGGCCAACAGCACCACCCAUCGAAACUGUUUCUCCAAGAAAUCAGCGAUCACAUACAAAUGAGUUUCUCACAACUCGAACGACUCAUUUUCCUCAUUUGGUAUCGACAAUCGAACAAAGCUAUAAACGUAUUCGAUAUCGACGAAGGAAUCGAACAAGAUUAGUAACAACUACACCUCAUCCACAGCCACAACAUGUCGGAAUUGUGAUCAGUAUCUACGAUCCAGUCGAUCCUGUUUACAGCUAUAGUGAAUCAUCCACACAACGUCCAUGGUGGCAAACUGCUCACACUACAACUCAAUCAUUCUACGACCGGUUUCCAAAACUUCCCCCAAAUGUGAAUAGACCACCACCACCCACAGUGCCAAGAAGCUUUACAACAUCGACUACAAUCACUUACCAUUCAACAACAACAACAUCUACUACAACUACUACCACCACUACAACACCUGCAUCAAUCUCGCCUGCAUCUAUGAAUCCAUUCUGGUUAGACACUGUUCCGUCAUUUACAGAAAUCAUUGAUCAGUAUCCUCGUUAUCCCACGAUUAUCCGUUGGUUUCAUGAACUCUCUCAUCAUCCGAACAUCUCACGCUUUUUUGCCUAUGAAGUCAUCGGUCAUACUCAUGAAAAUCGUUCAAUAGUUGUGGCAAAAAUUGGUUUAAUACCAUUUCAAAGCCGUCGUCGUUCCGUUUGGCUCGACGGUGGUAUUCAUGCAAGAGAAUGGAUCUCUACAGCGACUGUUCUCUACACCAUUGCUCGAUUGAUAAACGGCACAUUAGCACGUGAUCCUGAUAUAAGGAUACUAAUUGACUCGUACGAUUUCUAUUUCAUGCCUGUCGUUAAUCCUGAUGGUUAUGUUUAUACACAUGAUGAUAUCGGUAAAGUUUGGGAUACUGAAGAACAACAAGAUCAACAACGAAUGUGGAGAAAAAAUCGACGACCACAUACUGAUUGUCCCGGAGUAGAUUUGAAUCGAAAUUUUCCGUUCGCAUGGGACAAUCGAGGUGCGUCAAAAUUUCCCUGCGAAGAAACCUAUCGCGGACCGUAUCCCGAGUCUGAACCUGAAGUUCGCGCAAUAACCUCUUUCAUACUUAAACGUCGACGUUAUUUUCAUUCAUUUAUCACAUUACACGCUUUCGGUAAUUUCUGGAUGUUACCGUUUUCGUUUACAACUCGUAUUCGUCCAUAUGAUUAUCAUCGUGUGGAGCGUCUGCUCUCUCAAAUGAAUCGACUGAGUUCGAAUACGUUCAAAAUCGGCCAAUCAUCAACUGUACUCUAUCCUGCCACGGGUACGAGUGAAGAUUGGGCGAAAGCAAUCGCACAGAUCCCGCAUACAUUCUCUGUUGAACUUCCUCCUAGUUCCGAUGUGUUUGAUAUGCGUCAAGAAGAAUUGAACGGCUUCACCUACUACGCUGAUAAAGAAAUCGGAACGGUCGCUGAAUCAACUUAUCGAUUACUACAUUUAUAUUUGAAGAAUCUAGCUAAACUUCAAUCACCUUCGCGAAUAACUAUUUGA